AUGAGCUCACUGGAGAUCCUGACGUCUACCUGCAGAGUGGUUAACCGGCGGCCCAGGCCGUUUGUUGACUCAGCCACUUUGCACAAUGCCCGGCGGACACAGUCGGGACACGGCCGGCCGCCCUCGGCCCAGCCCAAACCCACGCCGGCCUUCCCGGCUUCCCGACUGGCUGCCGAGGCGGGUCUGGCCCCCACGCAGCUGCAGGAGACGCAGGGCCCCUUUGCGCUCGGGGCGCCGGAGGCUAGCGGCCUCGUGGGGCUGCAGACCUGGAGGCGGAGAGUUUCUAGCGAAUUAGCAGAACUGGAGUUCGUGGAGAUCACCAUCAUUGUGGUGGUGGUGAUGGUCAUGGUGGUGGUGAUCACCUGCCUGCUGAGCCACUACAAGCUGUCCGCUCGCUCCCUCAUCGGCCGGCACAGCCAGGGCAGGAGGAGAGAAGAUGCCCUGUCUGCGGAAGGAUGCCUCUGGCCCUCGGAGAGCACAGUGUCAGGCAACGGAAUCCCAGAGCCGCAGGUCUAUGCCCCUCCGAGGCCCACCGACCGCCUGGCCGUGCCCCCCUUCACCCAGCGGGACCGCUGCCUCCGCUUCCAGCCCACCUACCCGUACCUGCAGCACGAGAUCGACCUGCCGCCCACCAUCUCGCUGUCGGACGGGGAGGAGCCUCCGCCGUACCAGGGCCCCUGCACCCUCCAGCUGCGCGACCCCGAGCAGCAGCUGGAGCUGAACCGGGAGUCGGUGCGCGCGCCCCCGAACAGAACCAUCUUCGACAGCGACCUGAUGGACAGCGCGAUGUUGGGUGGCCCCUGCCCCCCCAGCAGUAACUCGGGCAUCAGCGCCACGUGCUACGGGGGAGGCGGGCGCAUGGAGGGGCCGCCCCCCACCUACAGCGAGGUCAUCGGCCACUACCCUGGGUCCCCCGCCUUCCAGCACCAGCAGAGCAGCGGGCCGCCCUCCUUGCUGGAGGGGACCCGGCACCCUCACGCACACCUUGCGCCCCUGGAGAGCUCACCUGCCUGGAGCAAAGAGAAAGAUAAACAGAAAGGUCACCCUCUCUAGGAGUUCUGGGGGGCGGGGGGCCGGGGCAGCAGUGGGUUUAAAAAAAAAAAAAAAAAAAAAAGAGGCAAAACACUCCGCACUUCCUAAACGAGAAGACAGAGGAGGACCGGGCGGCACCCAGAACCGCGGCGCGUAAUCAUCCCCUCCCCCCUCUCUGUGUAUAAAUAUUUACAUGUUCUGUCUGGUCUGAAGGCACAAGCGAAGAAAGCUUGCGAAAAAACACGUUUCUUUAUCGAGCAGUGUCUUGAAGGCAAAAGGAAAAAAAAAAAACCCUACCCUAGUCUUUUCUGUUCCUAGUUGAGCUGCGUGCGUGAAUGCUUAUUUCCUUUUGUUUGUUUAUGAUGAUUUCACUUAACUUUAAAGACAUAUUUGCACAAAACCUUUGUUUAAAGAUCUGCAAUAUUAUAUAUAUAAAUAUAUAUAAAAUAAGAGAAACUGUAUUGUGAGGGCAGGAGUAUUUUUGUAUUAGAAGAGGCCUAUUAAAAAAAAAGUUGUUUUCUGAACUAGAAGAGAAAAAAAAAUGGCAAUUUUUGAGUGCCAAGUCAGAAAGCGUGUAUUACCUUGUAAAGAAAAAAAAACCUACAAAGCAGGGGUUUAGAGUUAUUUAUAUAAAUGUUGAGCUUUUGCACUAUUUUUUAAUAUAAAUAUGUCAGUGCUUGUUUGAUGGAGACUUCUACGGUGUCUGUGGGGACUUUGAAGGGGAGGAGCGGCGCAAUGUCGCAGCGGACGCCAGGCGGAGGGCGGGUCCCGCGCGGAGUGGGGACGGACUUCUGGGGGGGCGCUCUUCUGUCUAGCUUUAGGUUGUUACCUCGUUAUACAUUCCCCCCGCCCCCCCCAGGAGACCUGUUUCCCCCUCUGGGCCAGCCCAGCCUCCGGAUGGCAGAGGAGAAUGGGAAAUUAGGCACCGAGUUCCAGGGUGGUGGCUUUGCCUUUCCCGAGGUGAAAAUAAACUGUUACUGAAGAAUCUUAGUUUUUCCUCCUGUUUUUUAAGCAUGAAGCCCCCCUCCCCCUCCCCAGGAAGGGGCUAAGGCGCCCCCUUUGCAGACGCUGCUGCCCGCCCCCCGGAGCUCGGUGCCGGGACCCGCCAGAGAGGUUUGGGAGGCCCUUUUGUGCGAAGUGCUUUUGGGACGAUCCGGCUGGUCCAGGAGGUUGCCAAUUGGAAAGGCCCCAAGGAAAGGAACUUGACCUCAUCCCUGGCUUUCUCUUUCCGUAGCAAUUCUCACCGAACAGGCCGAUAAACAGGACCCUAGGGACGAAAAAGUGACACGCCCAGGUGUCUCCCAGGACGUGACAAAGGGUUCCCGUGAAGAACAAGUCAAAGCAAUGUAAACCUGUGCGUUAUGUUUUCAAAGCAGAAUUCUUUACCUUCCGUGCCACGUGUUCAUUCCCUUUCCCCGUGGAAACAGGCAUGGCUGGUGUGUCCGUGUGUCUGUGUUUUCAGGCGUCUGUCUCAGAGACCGUUCUGGUUUGCUAGGAUUUUCCCGAGUGGAUUUCGGUCUGGCAGGAUCCCUUGGUGUUGGCGUGCAGGGGAGGGCCUGUGAGCGGGCACACGUGUGUGCCCAGUGACACGCCACCAGCAGGGGGGGUGGGGGGCUCCCUUGGAAUCUACUGCUUCACAUUCCAUGAGUGACCCCCACCCCCCCACUCACGGAGCUGUCUUUUCCUUCUGGAAGAAUGCGACCCAUCAGAAGGCAUAAGGGCAGUAUCUCUUGUUUCUAAGCAACUUUUUUAUUACUUAAAACAAAAACCUGAGAACAGUUUUGAAGUUCUGACCAUUCGAACUCUAUCUCUACGUUUUAAGAGCCUGACAACCAACAGAUAAACACGGAGUCUGCGCACUCGCUGCUGACCCGCCUGGCAGAGAGUCUUUGUGCUUUGAUGUCAAAACCUGCCUCUCCAUGGGGUCCUUGGCCUCGACAUUGCUUCUCUCUCAGAGGAGGAUGCUUUUCGGAAGUCAGUACCGAGAACUCGGUGCAAUUUGUCCUAAAAGGUACAGGGACACGUUUAUAGAUAAAAAUAAUUUUUAAAAAAAACGUAUCUUUCUUUGACGUGAAGAGUCAGUCUCCCUAGUGCCUUACUGAGAAAACAGUGCGCUCUCGUCACCGGUUGGGGGCAUCCCUGGACGGUGACUCGAUCACCCCUCCCUGGGGACUGGCCUUUCCACUUGAGGGCUGCCACUUCUCAAACACCCCCCAUAGCUCCCUGUGCCCGGUCCCGCCUGCCCUCCUCUGCGGACGCGCCUUGUCCUGUUAGGCGACCCCUCCCUCCCCCUCCACCUUGUCGUGUGCUGUUUCUGAGUCCCAUGCGGGUUAUGAGCCUAGAAGCCGAGGCCGAAGUGAUGCCAAGGGUCUGAGCCACACUGUGACCCCCGUUGCUUGGGGGUGUGGUCCGCGUGUGCUGUUUGGGGGAAAGCAGGAAGUGGCUUCCUGACCUAGCGGGCUCCAGGGCCGAGCACGCCCCCCGCCGAUGGCACCCCAGGCCCAGGGCAGAGAGGCUGGGCGAAGGCGGGGCCCAUCCCGGGAAAACCGGUGGGGCGUGUUUCUGGAAACUACUGCUGCAGCUAAGUGGUUUCUCUGCUGGACCCCGGAGCUCUGGGGGUGCCCUCAUUCCUCUAGAUGUCGGCUGCCAUGCCGCUGUCUUUGAAAAGGCUUUGCGCACCCCCAAGGAGCUCCCCCUUUUUCCAGGAAAAAGUUUGGGGUCCUCGGCAGUGGCUGGUUGGAGGGGGACCAGGUCGGGCUUUCUCUUGUGCUCGUUUCCCUGCUUGUGACCCGCCCAGGCCUCUGCAGACCGACUUGGCGGGGGCACUAUGAGCCAUCCGUGUCCCCCCAAAGUGUUCUUUGCAAGGAGCCGAGCCCCUCCCCGCCCCCCGACGUCUAGUGAACACCAGGGCAGGGCAAGAACGGAGUCCGUUCCCUGUCCUUGUCUCUGUGACGUGUAUGUCUCGGAAAUGGUUUCCUACGUGCACACAGGCUUCCAGAUCCAUAAAACAUCCCAACGAUAAAGGAAAACUAACCGUGUUUGUUCUGUUCUGUUCUGUUUGUUCUGGAAACCGCACUUCCAGUUUUGCUGUACUAGAGAGCCCAGAAGGACAUGCCUUCUCGUUUGCCUGCCUGACUCCCUGCGUGCGCGGAUGGCGCACCGUUACGUUGCGUUCUUGGCGUUGAGACCGCCCCCCUUUACAGCCCUGUCUCCCAAGUUAUGUUCAAGUUAAACUCCUGUAAAUUCCCCGUGGCACGCUGGGUGCGGCGCCCACGUUGCUGCUGAGUAAAACUCUGUAUUUGGAUGCCAACCCACAGGCCUGAUGAAAUCGCUUGUUCUGUAUCAAUAAUCAUUAGUGGCAAUGAUGACAUUCUGAAAAGCUGCAAUACUUAUACAAUAAAUUUUACAAUUCUUUGGAA